AUGGCAAGUAAAAAACUUCGUCAAGCAUCCAUCGCAACGAGCGAAUCAAAAAAGGAUGACAAAAAAGCAACCCCCAAUCCGCGUAAAAUGUCAAUGGACAGCAAACUCACCCAUCACUCCUCCAGUGAAACCAUAAAUACAAAUAAAGACAACGAUUUAAGCCCAGAAGCACUCGAAGAAAUCCGAGAGGUAUUCAAACUGUUCGACCUCGACAACGACGGCACAAUUUCCUCAAAAGAACUCGGUGUAGUUAUGAAAGCCUUGGGCCAAAACCCUACUGAAGCGGAGCUGUUGGACAUCGUAACCGAAGUGGACAAGGACGCCAACGGCUUGAUCGACUUUGAAGAGUUCGUGGACGUUAUGAAAGGAAUUAUGACGGAAUGCGACAACGAAGACGACAUCAAAGGAGCUUUUAGGGUAUUCGACAAAGAAGGAAAAGGUUUUAUAACGGCUGAAGAUUUGAAAGAAACCAUUACAAGUUUGGGAGAGAAAUUUGGAGAAGAAGAGUACGAUGAAAUGAUCAGCGCUGCUGAUUUGGAUGGAGACGGCCAAGUCACGAUCAAUGACUUUUUGGAGUUGAUGAUGCCUACUAGAUAUAAAUGA